AUGCCCACGAGCUCACUUAAUAGAAAAGCUGGAGCUCCGUCCCGUCGCAGGGUCAAGUCGGGGUGCCAGACAUGCAGAGCUCGCAAGGUGAAAUGUGACGAGGCAUUCCCCCAAUGCCGCCGUUGCCAGGCGGGUGGAUUUGACUGCGCGGGCUAUGGCAUCUGGGGCGGCGGCGGCAGCAGCAGGAGGAUUAAGGAGGAUGCUGUCGACAUCUCAGACACGCUGCAGCGGGCACCAAGACGAGUCGCAGAAGAGAAAAACAGGGGUCUUCCGUUGCUGAUGCCUUCUUGGGUCCCGGGCCUGUCCAGUAUCGACGAGAGCGAUCGGCCUCUGUACACAUGGUUCCGGGAACGGGCGACCCUCAAGCUCCUGCACUCGACCGGCCACGACUUCUGGGCGCAUAUUGUUCUCCCUGCCGCCCACAGCGAGCCUCUGCUGCUACAUGCAUGCCUCGCCCUGAGCUCUGCACACAAGAGAGGCCUGCUCAGCUUUCCAGGGACAACUUUUGCGACCACAGACACGCCUGCCCACCUCCAUACACAGACACUCCAGCACUACGUCAAGGCAGUCAAGCAUCUACGACGAGAAGCCAAUCCGGCCAGCCACGACCCCAAUAAUGGAUCGGAAUCACUGCAACUCACCCUCAUCGUGUGCAUCGUGUUUGUCACCAUCGACCUCUUCCGAGGCCACUUCCAAUCUGCGCGCAUCCACAUGCAGAACGGCAUCAGGCUGCUCCUUCUAUAUCAGAACCUUGACUACACCACGACAGAGGUCACCACUCUCAAGCCAUGCCGCAGGCAGGCCGAUUUCUGGAUCGUCCAGACAUAUCUGAGCGCGCAGACACAGCUGGGGCUGUUGUCCCUGCCAGAGUGCUGGCCCUUGGUUGUCCCUUCAGAGACCGUCGUCCUGCCACAAGCGUUCAAGACCCCAUUGGAGUCAUGGUGCUGCCUACAGGCAAUAUUUGCCCACAUCUUUCAAUUCCAGCGGGCCUCACGAGCUGCGGCCAGAGUCGAACCCGGCUUGGAAGGUGGUGCUCUAGCCACUGGUCAAGCGGUGCAGCCGGACAGACUCGCGGUAAUGGCACUACUGCAAGAACAAAAACGAGCAAUCCAGACGCAGCUAGACGCCUGGCUGGCCACCGUGCAAGCGUCAGACCGCGUCUUGGGGCGUGCGUGUGAGACUUCUAUAGAGUCGGCCAAGUAUUACUCCAUCACUCGCGCAUACCACAUCCAGGCAUGCAUCAUGCUGGCACGGGCUGCUGACAAUGGGAGCGAAGCGGAUGAUGAGAUGGCUUACGAUUUGCAACACACCAAUCAGCUCAGAACCAUUCUGGAGCAUAUGGUAGGGCUCUCUAGGAUGAGCCGAGAGGCGAUGCAACGGCGGCGGCAGCAGCAGCAACCGCAGCAGCGACAAGAACAAAACCACAGCAGCAACGGUGCCACAGAGAGUUCUUCAUCUCCCUCCGGGAGCUCGGCCUCCUUCUCCUCCGUUUCCACGCCAUCGACAACAGCACCGGCAAGCCCAAUAUCGCUUCUGUACGACCACGACAAAGUGCAAGGUCUAGCCUCAGCACCCGGGGUGUUCACGGCAGACAUCUUGCACUCCUUCAUCGACUGCGGCUGGAUUCCCGCGCUCUUCUUCCUCGCCACCAAGUGUCGCGUGCACCGUAUCCGGCACCAGGCCGCCCGCCUCCUGGGGGCAUCGCACCACCGCGAGGGGCUUUGGGACUCACGCAUCACGGCCCUGGCUGCGCGAAAGGUGAUUGAUCUCGAGGAGCGCGGGUUCUACGAGAAGAUUGGGUAUGACCCGGAUAAAGUAGCGUACGAGUUGUAUGAACUGCCAACGCGGUAUGAUUUGACGCUGCCGAGGAUCCCAGCGGAGAGGAGGUUCAGAGAUGCCAGACUGGUCACGGCCGGGGAGCCGGUUGAGGCAGUUAUGCUCAUGGGUAGAGGCGGGCUGAGGAGCGACAAGCGGACAGCGGAGAAGUGGGAUGCUGAGCGAUGUAUUGCUGUCUAUGAUGUCGCAUCGCAGAGAUGGCAGGACAACUAG